AUGCCUGAAGCCAAAGACAAAUCCAAGGUGCACAAGCUGGUUAUUAAGGGGUCGGCGAAGCUUGUCGCUGAAUUCUUCGAGUACUCGAUCAACUCCAUCCUGUUCCAACGUGCUGUUUACCCUCCCGAUGAUUUCAUAACUGUCAAGAAAUAUGGCCUCAACAUGCUCGUAUCCGCGGACGACCAGGUGAAGGCAUACAUCAAAAAGAUUAUGUCGCAAUUGAACAGGUGGAUGGCCGGUGGAAAGAUCUCAAAACUUGUGGUGGUCAUCACCGAUCGGGAAACUGGAGAGCAUGUGGAGCGAUGGCAGUUUGACGUUGAGGUCUUUGGUAAAUCCUCGAAAAGCAAAUCUGCUGGAAGGACGAGCGAUAAGGAGAAUGCCACUCCCGGUGACCCCGUUGUCCAGAAUGCCGAACCUGUUGAAAAGACCGAAAAGGAGAUCCAAGACGAAAUUCAAGCCAUCUUCCGCCAGAUUACCGCUUCGGUUACCUUUCUCCCGGUCCUCGAUGGAGACUGCACAUUCAACGUCUUGGUCUAUGCCGACGCCGACUCCGAUGUCCCUGUGGAGUGGGGUGACAGCGACGCAAAGGAAAUCAAAAAUGCCGAAAAGGUUCAAUUGCGAAGCUUUAGUACCAACAACCACCGCGUGGGUACUUUAGUUAGCUACCGGAUGGCAGAUUGA